CCCGAAGAAAUUAUUGAGGGAAAAAAGAAAUAUUUGCAUUCCCCAAAGCCGCCACCACCACCGGUUUUUCUUUCUGGGCCGAAGUCUUAACCGUCAAAGCAACGAACGGCUUUCACUUUUCACACAGAAAACUUUUUCCAAAAGCAUUCUUCAAAUCAGAAUGGUCUCCGCAGAGGAACCAUUCUUUGAUUUUUCCAGAAUUACUGCAAUUUAUUGAUUCUCUCCUUUUCCACAUGCUUUUCCAUCUUCCCAAUCAAUUUCUCUAAUUUUGAUUACUCUACUCGCUGUUAUUGACAGAAUUUCUUUUACAAAUUCGGUUCGCUUUAUCGGACCAGCAAAUAUCCACCGAUUACUAUUCAUUUCGUCAGAAAUUUUUAGGGUUUUUUGGAACUUUUUUUUUUGGGGGGGGGGGGGAAUUAUUUUAGCCUAAACUUUCCACGAGUUCUUGAAAUGGACGCAGCUCAGUCUCAUCGAGCAUCGUUAGGUCAAACGGAGAUUAAUUGGGACAAGUAAGCCCCCCUCCGAUGAUCUGCUUUUCCUUAGCCUUUUUUUUUUUAAUAUUUUAAAUUCCAGAUAAUCAUUAAUUGAAUUGCCUUUGUUUAGCUUCGCAAGUAAUGCAUAUUAAUUACUAGUUGUUUUUUUGAUUAAUUGUACGCUUCUUGAUUCUUACCAUUUUAAUUUGUGGUCAUUAUUUCUAUUCAUAGGACACGCCUUUUUUCCUCUCGAAUUUUACUGUUGCUUUCAAGAUUGUUUUUAGUCAGAAUUGGGAAAAUGGUGUUAUGUUGUUACUCUUAACCUGAUUUUGCUAAUAAACUGAAUGGACAGUAGAGAUAUAUGUGAGACAUAAUCCUUCGGUAGUGUUGAUGAUUGUUGAACUGAAAUCAAUCAAUUUGGUUUUCUGGGGAGAUGACUGAUUUUAACAGUGGCUUCCUAAAUUCUGUCUUGUAGGCUUGACAAAAGUAAGUUCUAUGUUGUUGGGGCUGGGAUCUUUACCGGUCUCACUGUUGGACUUUACCCUAUCUCCGUUGUGAAGACUAGGAUGCAGGUCGCAACCAAAGAUACUUUAGAGAAGGACGUGUUUUCCGUCAUCAGGGGGAUAUUGAGAACAGAUGGCGUUCCUGGGUUGUAUAGAGGUUUCGGUACAGUCAUUACGGGGGCGAUUCCUGCUAGGGUUAUAUUUCUCACGGCAUUAGAGACUACAAAAGUGGCUGCCUACAAAAUGGUUGAACCCUUUAAAUUCUCGGAGCCUACACAGGCUGCUAUUGCAAAUGGGAUCGCUGGAAUGUCUGCAUCUCUCUGUUCACAGGCUGUCUUUGUUCCAAUUGAUGUGGUUAGCCAAAAGCUGAUGGUCCAAGGAUAUUCAGGCCAUGCUAGUUACAAUGGUGGGCUGGAUGUUGUGCGUAAAGUUGUUAAAGCAGAUGGAAUUCGAGGAUUGUACAGAGGAUUUGGUCUGUCUGUUAUGACUUAUUCUCCAUCUAGUGCUGUUUGGUGGGCUAGCUAUGGAUCUAGUCAAAGGUUGAUUUGGAGGCUUUUAGGUGAAGGCAGUGCAAAUGAUGGAUUUGCUCCUAGUCAGGGACAAGUAGUGUUGGUGCAAGCUGCCGGGGGAAUUUUUGCUGGUGCCACUGCAUCCUGCAUUACAACCCCAUUGGACACUAUCAAAACUCGAUUACAGGUAAUGGGGCAUGACAAGAGACCAAGUGCCAGGCAAGUGGUGAGAAAAUUGAUUGCAGAGGAUGGUUGGACUGGGUUUUACAGAGGACUUGGUCCAAGAUUUUUCAGCAUGUCAGCCUGGGGAACUUCAAUGAUAUUAGCCUACGAAUAUUUGAGUAUGAUUUCUCCUUAUUCCUGGCUGUUUUUGUCAGAUGACAGUAUUCGAUUAUUCGCCUAUGCUUUUCAUGUUAUGCAUUUUUGCUCUUGCAUUAUUUUCCAUUUUUAAAUGAUUAGUGGCAUUUAGCUGAUAGUGAGAAAUUAUACUCCUGGAAUUUAGGCCGUUUGUGUUAAUUAUAGGUGAUACUGUUUAGAUACCUGUCGAUCAGUUUUUUCAUUGCAAGUGUUUGUUAGGCAGUUUUGAUCUGUAGAAAGUGAAGCAAUAUAAUUUACUGAUUUACCUUAAAAACUCAUAUACCUUUUGUGAUCCACCCUCUUCUCCUCUUUAGAGGGCCAAGUUAAGACUUUAGAAUUGGGAUAUUAGGUUCACAUUUUAAAUACUUUUUGUACAAGUAUAGUUGGUGCCAAUUGUGAUUGAUGACUUCAUUUGUGUUUGUUUGACAGAGAGGUUAUGCGCUAAAGAUGAAUAGCUUCAUUCAGAAAUGAUUCGCUCCUCAGUUGCUGGUUUCUAGGGUAGAAGAUUGUAGGUCUUUAUUUGACUUCUUUCAAGAUAUAGACAGAGGAAGUGCUGCUUGUUUUGGAGUUUUAAAUGCAAAAGGAAUGCUAAUACGUGUAAAAAUCCACGUUGUGCAGCUGAUGACCUUUGCUGUUGAUCUGAGUAGUUGCCAGUUUACAUCCUCAAUUAUUCUAUACCAUCCUCAAGUAUACAUAUAGAAUUCGAAUGCAAUUGCAAACUCAGUAAAUUCUUUUGGCAGAGUUGUCUACUCGCCAUGAUUAGUCAUGAUAUAUGUAUGUACCUUACAAGAAUUCCUUUAUUCUUAUUAGAUGGAAAGAAUUUUGUUUUUUUUGGUAUCAUUGGGUGUUGUUGAUUUCAUAUUUUGGUUGGUUAUAUUGUUCUCAUCAUUUUGAGGGUACUGUAAGCUGGCAAAGCGCGACGUUGAUGAAAUCAAAAUUUUUGUGUCCGUCCAUUUUCUUUCUGUAAUUCUUUUCUCGGGUAUGAUCUGAAUGAUCAACAAUAGUGUGAACCGUGUGCUUAGUGCCGUAGCCAUCUGAAUUUGGUUUACCUUCUGAAUUCGGUCUACAUUAUCAAUUGCUUUCUCUAAAUCAUGCUGUCCGUCCUGACUCCUGAGUUAA